UGUGCGAAUGAGUAGACGGCACGAGGAGGUUGUCCAAGCAUGUAACUCUUGGCUUUCAUAAAGGUCAAAAUAACUUGCUGGUGGUCCACGGGUUUCCAUUUUUUAUUUUUGAAGGAUAUUAUAGACUAAUAAUAAAUCAAUACGGUAGAGUUGAAGAAAAGCUCCUGUAGGCCAAAAACAAAAAAUUUCGACACCUUAAUUUUUGACGCUUAUUGGGCUAAUAAGUACUUCCAAAACCGAUACAAACCUCUGAAUACAACCCAUUUGUGAUAUGUAGCUACUGACAUAAGGUCGACAAAAAUUCCCACCCUAAUCUAAUAUCUCAUAGGGUAAUCAAAAUAUUUAAAUAAUAGCCAAAUUUAUUGAUUAUUUAAAUCCAUUUGUCUAAUUUCUUUUGAGAUUAUUGGUUAAAAAACUGUGGAACACUCCAUUGGAUUUAUCAUUUCAUUUGACUUACACGAGUAGUUAUUACAUACAUAGGUGUUCCAGGAAGACAAUAGUUAAGCCCAAAUCGAGUUAAAAAAGAUCAGUGGUCCACCAGUACCUAAAAAGUUACCAUGUCCUUCCUUAAUAAUUAAGACAAAUUUAUAAUUUAACAAAUUAUGAAUUUAAUUCAUCCAUAAAAAUAAUUCCCUUGUAGCAUGAAUUUAUGGACACUGUACUGUGUGAUCCACAGCAAUUCUUGAUUAUAAUGUGGAAAGGAAAAAUAUAGGAUAUUUUUUCUAAUCUAAUUUCACCAUGACAGAUCCAAACUUAUCUAUUCCCUCAUGGCCAUACCAUUCGGCCUUGUUCUGAUGUACACCUUUUCCUACCAAAGGGACCGAUUAGAUUUUUCGUUUUGGGAGAAUCUUGCCGAAUCAGGAAUUCAAGUAAUUAUCAACCACGUAAAAUUCUGGGACACCUCGGAGUUUCUCAGUCAUAAUGGAACGACCCCGGACAUGAGAAAUGUUGACAUUGGGUGGAAACUCGCCUUAACCAUAGUUCACAUUUGUCUCAUUGUUUUCGAUUAUGUGUUAGCAAUUCUGUUGGAAGUUUUGGUUUUUAUCAUGUGUUUCAUUGUGUAUCGGAUAGAUAUGAUUUCUACGACAGGAUCACACUUGAUUCGGAUUCUAUGAAUUUGGAAAAGCUAACCCAAUGCUAUAACGAAGUGAAAUCCAUAAUGCACGAAAUCAAUUGGACGUUUGGAUAUCUGAUGCUGGUUUUUAUCUUGGCUGCCAUCCCGUACUAUGGAGUUCAUAUGAUCGAAAUCUUCAGUGGGACGUGGAACCAGAGAAUUGAAACGGUUUACUUUGUCAUGCUCUACAGUGUUGCGCUCCUCUUGGCGGCGGAAGGUCAUCGCAAGUUCCAGCAAUUUUCCGAAUUUAUCUUCGACAAUUAUAAACAAAUUGGGACAGGGAAUCGGGAAGAGGUCUCAAUUUUGAUUGCGGAAGUGACAAAUACGCAAAUCGGGUUUAAAGGAUUCGGGUUUUUCACAAUAUCGUAUGGAUUUCUCGGCAAUGUGCUUGGUCUGGUGUUGACUCAUGUAAUAAUUAUGUUGCAAUUCAAAACUGCCAAGAAAUAUUAGAAUACUACCCGCAAAAGCCAGGUAAAACCUCUGGGUAUGGGUUUUAAAUAGCAAAAGCUCGUCGUUUUCCUUCCCCUGGAUGGUACGACCAUGAGAAAUUUAUUUAAAAAACAUUGAAGUUAAUUACUUAAUUUAGAAACUUAAAUCAUGUCAUUUUAGAGAAUACACACAGAUACUAAAAUUUUUAUUACCUUAGUUCGGUUUAUCGC